UUUUCAUGUAUAGCACGUGUAUGCGGAAAUCCCCCAUCCAAAAUUAGAGGACGUUUGAUAAACUUGCUAGUCGGAACAGAAAUUCAUAACUUUAUAUUGGAAAUUGUUUUUAUAUCAGUAUUAUUGAGCAACAAUGUUCGCGUUUCUCAGACAAGUAAUGGAAGAAAGACAGGAUCAAAUCCUUCAACUCGAAACGAUACCGGCCGAAUCCACUACAAAUAUGAUUAUUAGUAAGAAAUUUUUGGAUAUUUUACAAUUGUCGUUUGAAAUAAAGUACAUGGAUGAAGACAUUAAACUUGCUAAGAAGAGAAACAAAAUAAAAGCGUUAGAGGAGAGAAUGAGUGUAUUAUAUCAUAAUAUAAUCGAUCUUUUAAAGGACCGAAAUUUUGAUGAUAUUGUUACUUUAGCGACAGCUUAUUACAACAUUGGCUUAGAAUAUGUUACAUCUACAGAUAUUGACGAUUUAAAAACUGCUCUACACUGUCUUUCAAGUUGUUUGGAACUGUUAAAAGACAAAAUGUUAGACCGUAAAGCUAUUUUGAUAUAUAUAGGUACACUGAACGAAUUGAAUUCAGUUUGUGAGAAACUUGGGGAAGAGCAGAAUACUAAAUGCUUGAAUAAAGCAUUGGCACUAUACUAUAACUCAGUGCUCAGAAACAAAGGUAAUUAUCCUGAUCUCAUCCACAUAGCAAGUGUUGUUGGUAUUAAAGAAAAAGAAUCGAAUCCUAGGAUUAUCUUGAACACUUUGCAUCAUACAACUUUACAGGAGUUAGGACGUCAAUAUCUUAAAAAGUCUAAAGAUAAGCACGCAUUUGUAAAGUACAUACAUGAUAUAUUAAACAUCCGACUGAUAGACAUAGUAUCUGACAAAACAAAAUUUGAUGACAAAUGUCUUGAUAUGGCUGUAACCUUAUUUGAUCUGUCUAAAUACUUUCUAGCAAACAGUCGUUUCGCUGAAGCUAAAAGUCACAUUGCUAUUGGAGAUUAUGUAAUAUACAGAUUUGUUGAAGAUUUAUCAGAAGAGAAAAAAGCAUCUCUUCAUUUGAAUGUACGUCAUAAUUAUGCCUUAGCCGUUAGUGCUAAAUCUUGGGGUUUCUAUGGAGUUUCUCUUUUACGUUUCUGGAUGGAAAAAUUCUCACAAAAUAAAGAAAAAUUUUCCGAGGUACAAGAUCGCAUAUCAAAAUUAGAAAUAAAAUCUGAGGAUUCCGACUUAAUAUUCUCUGACCUAUUAGAAAAAGAAUUGGAACAUAUAGCUAUUAAGAUCACAGAAACAUGUAUAUUGAAUCUUGCUGAUGCCAAAUUGGUUUUUUUGAACACUUUGAGAGAACUUGAAACAGCGAAAAAAUAUUUUACUGCAGACAUUGACAUUGAAAGUUAUGCAAAGAUAACACUGAAAAUUUCAGAUACAUACAAAUAUUUAGCAGGUUUUGAAGAACAAAGAGAUAAGCAAAUAAAACUACAUAAACGGCGAGUAGAGAGUUUAGAGAACGCUCGUAAGAAAUUUCAUACAAUUACUGUGCAGGAUAGAGAAUUACAAAUUUACAGACGGAUUUGGUACGAAGUGGUGACUUCAUGUUCCACGGUUAUGGAUUUAAUGAUCGAGGAAACAUAUUAUGACGAAUCAUUUAAAGAGAUGUCAAUGAAAGCUGAUCAAUAUGCGAAAAUGAUCGGAGAAAAUAUCGAUUUUUAUUUAAAUGCCGUUUAGAUUCUUUUAAAUAUUUAGACCUUUUUCAAGAUUUGUACGUUUCUUGUUAUUUAUGACUUUAUAUUGGUGAAUAUUAAUUGAAUACAUUCCGCGUUAACAUAUA